AUGAACAAGAAACUACAGAUCCUGUUCUUCUGCCUCGCAGCUGUCAGUGUGGUGAAUGCCCGUCCAGGAUACUUUGGUCCCGGCUACCCCUACGCUGCGGGGGUUCCCCACGCCGCACCUCUGCCAGUCCACGACACCCCCGAGGUCGCUGCGGCUAAGGCCGCCCACUUCGCUGCCUACGGAGCCGCAGCUGCCGCUGCAGCAGCCGCGCCAGACACUGGAGCUUAUGGUGCUUAUGGCGGUUAUGGCGGACCCCAUGAUGACGGCCAAUAUAGGGGAGAGCUGUACGGUGAUAAUGGACAAUAUCGUGAAGGCCACUCCACUGGUGGGUAUGUCGGUCCUCUCGCUGGCGUGCCUGUCAUCGUGAACGGCGUCCCUGCUGACACUCCUGCGGUCGCUGCGGCUAGGGCAGCACACCUCGCUGCGCAUGCUCACGCCGGAGGGCAUUACUACGUUACAGUGAUCUUUAGACUGACGUUCUUCUGCCUCGUGGUUGUCAGUACGGUGUACGCCCGUCCCGGAUACUACGGCUACCCCUACGCUGCCGGAGUUCCCCACGCCGCACCCCUGCCCGUCCACGACACACCGGAAGUGGCCGCCGCUAAAUCCGCCCACUUUGCAGCUUACGGCGCCGCAGCCGCUGCGGCAGCUGCACCAGGCCAUGGUGGUUAUGGUGGCCAUUAUGGUGGAGUUUAUGGCGGUCAUGAUGAUGGGCAAUACCAUGAAGGACAAUAUGGUGGACAUUAUGAUGAUGGGCAGUAUAAUGGUGGACAUGAUGAUGGACAAUAUCAUGGCGGACAUUAUGAUGAUGGACAAUAUUACGGUGGACAUGAUGAGGGACAAUAUCACGGCGGACUUUAUGAUGAUGGACAGUACCAUGAAGGACUUUAUGGUGGCCAUUAUGAUGACGGACAAUAUCGUCAAGGUCCUUAUGGUGGCCAUUAUGCUGGUGGCUAUGCAGGACAUUAUGCUGGAGCCCCCGCUAUUGUGAAUGGGGUCCCUGCUGACACCCCCGAAGUUGCUGCGGCCAAGGCAGCCCACUUCGCUGCGCAUGCUCAAGCUGGAGGUCAUCAUUAUGGCUAA